GGAGAAUUUGUUUCGAACUACUAAGUACUACAUAAUACUGUAUAUGUAAGCAGCAAUAUACCGGUAGUAGCGUUGGACGAGUUCGCAUUCUUUUCGAUUCAUGACGAUUUUUUUAAUGCACGCUUUCGGUAUAUCAGUACGUACCGGUACUCCAAUUUUUGUCUGGUUUAAAAAUUCGGUGUACAAAAUUGGACCCCCUCUAAAUUGCUGUGACCUUUUUUAAUAUUUAUUCUUCGGUAUUUAGUUAAGUUAACCAACUGAUGAAUGCUUUGAUUAAUUGAAAAAAGAAAAAUGUCUUCGAAUUGGAUCACACCACCAAUUUGCUGGGUACCGGUACCAUUUUUUGGUGCCGCUGUCGAUAGAUCUUACUUCUCUUGCGAAGAGUAACCAUGCCAACGAUACACGAUUUUCAUGAAGAAUACUAUUCUGAUGAUUCUUUCCGAUCUGAUAUUUCUGAGGACGAACUGAAAGUAAGCGCUCCGCCAACACCAAGUAGUAGGGGGUCAUCUCCCUCCCGUCGGCCAGGCUCAGCCAAGGGGAGGAAAGGUCCAGCAAGAGAGAAACCUCCUUCACCAUACCUUGGUUCUGCUGGUUCAAGAAAGACCAAGAGUAAGAGCAGCAAACCAGUUGGCUCGAAGACCCCAACUCUAAAGUCAGCAAGGGAAUACUGGUUAGACGGACUCAAAAGUGGGAAAGGAGGUCUGACAGGUUGUUCUAAGAGUAGUAACUAUCUUGGGGGACCUAAGAAGUCCCAAGCAUUUUCAAGCACCAGUGAUUACCUGAAGGAAACGGUGCUAAACAUGCCUCCGAGGAAGAACACAAAGAGCAGGGCCGUGGUCAGUGAUCCCAUACACAGGAACAUGAAGGGAGUUCCAUCAUAUAAGCCACAGGAAGAAAUGUAUGAUGAUAUCAUUGAUCUUAAAAAGCAAGUCAAUGCUUUAAGAGCGGAGAAUGAUAUGGUCAAGGCCAAAAAUCAGAGGUUGGAAGAUGAUCUCAUGAAGAAAGAAAGGCAGAUUGAUCAGCUUCUAGAUCCAACAAAGAGUGAUCUUCGUAUGACGCUGAAUAGCAGGCAACCAGAUUCAGCUGCGAAAGUGAAUAGCUUGAAGCAAAGGAAUCUCAAACUGGAGAUGAAUCUGAAGGACAAAGAAGCAGAGCUUAUGAAGCUGAAGAAUGAUAUGAAAGGAACAAGAAUGGAAGAGAUGAAGGUUGCUAUGGAAUCAUUCUAUCAAGAGGUUCAAAGGCUUCGCUACCAGCAAUCACAUCAAACUGGAAAAGCAACAAGACCUGGUACGGCUGAGAAGGAGUCUACCUCAACUGCCAAGGUGAAGGCCCUGAAUGGCACUAUCCUGAGACUUACAGAGAGUAAUCAAAGACUGCAGAGUGAGAACAAGCUCCUCAAACAGGACUUGGAGAGGACAUUGUAUGAGAGCUCAGCUUACAAUGGACCUGCACGCUCUGAAAAAUCUCAUAGAGACUAUGAGGACAUGAACAGAAGAGAACUGUUGACCACUCUUGUCAACCUUCAACAGAAAGUGGAGCAUUUGGAGGGAAAAGGAAUGCGCAAAGACCGCAACCUGGACGGAGAGAUGCCGGGUAAGAUUCCCUUGACCGGGUCAUUGUCCGACCGGCUUGACCAGCUGGAUAAACGGGAGACGGAGCUCUUAAAGGAGAAAGGGAGGCUAGAGAAGGAUGUGAGCAGGCUUCGGGAAGACAAGACCAAAUUCAGACAGAAAGUGGAGCAGUUUGAAGAUGAAAACAAAGCUCUAGAGAAGGAGAAUGAGAGAUUGAAGGAACAGCUCAAGUCUAUGACUCCAAGACAGAAUGGCAGCAUGAAACGUCACCCUAGCAAUGAGAGCCUCCAUAGCAGACGUAGUGACAGACAUGGUGACAGACACAGUGACAGAUACAGUGAUAGACACAGCGAUAGACGAAGUGAACGGCAGGACAGGAGCAGUGACAGGCAGAGUGAUAGACACAGUGACAGAUACAGUGACAAGCAUGGUGAUAGACACAGUGACAGAUACAGCGACAAGCAUGGUGAUAGAAACAGUGACAGAUACAGUGACAAGCAUGGUGACAGGCAAAGUGACAGGUAUAGCGACAAACAUAGUGACAGACACGGUGAUAGACACAGCGAUAAGCACAGCGACAGGCUGAGUGACCGAAGUGAGAAGAGGUCGAGAGCAAACAGCUCGGCUUCAGUGAGGAGAAAACAGAGAGAAGAGGAGGAGCUGAGGGAGAGGGAGCGAAAGCUGGAAGAGCUCAGACAGAACAGAUCGGCACGCACUCUGCAGAAAAAUUGGAGGGCUCACAAACAGAGGGAGCAAGAUCGUAACAGUGAUUUAGAUGAAGCUGCGACUACUAUUCAAGCAGCGAUGCGGGGUCAUCACAGACGGAAGGAUCUCCUGGAUCGCUUCAACUCGGAGCCUUUCUCCCCAUCCACGACGGAUGCUGCCAGUGACAGGAUACGAGAUGAGGAGGAUAGUGAUGUGGAUGAUGCUGCCAUGACGAUACAGUCUGCCGUCAGAGGUCAUUGGUCACGCAAAGAACAAUUAAGCAAAUUCUCUAAUCGAUCAGACUCAGAGCCUGAGUCAGCACGAUCAUACCGUAGUGGUAAAUCUAGCAAGGCAGGAUCAACUAAGAGUGGAUUAGACAGGUUCAUGACGGGAUCAAGAUCUGGAUCCAAAGUUGGAUCAAGCAAAGCAGGAUCAGUCAGAAAUGGAUCAAAUGUUUCAAGAAAAGACGCAUUUUCUGAAGAGGAUUCUGAUGACUCUCUUGUCAUGUCUACUACGUCAAAGAAGAGUACUGUAUCCAAAUAUAGUAAUAAAUCAGGUAAGAAUUGUAUUGAGCGUAGGCAGUAGUCAUUCUACUCUGAAAAAUGGACUCGGUAGCAAGAAAGACGAUGACAGUGAUGACGAUGAUGAUGAUCUGGUAUUCUAGUGGGCAUUUUCUUAUAAGGGACAGGGAUUUCCUGUUGUUGGGUAAAUAAAAAUAUAAAAUCCAUUUGGUUCUACUAUUUGUGUGACAAUUCAUAACAGUUACCUUUGCAAAACUAAUUUUUGUGCAAAUUUGUUAUGAUUUUGCAAUGAAGUUUGCGAUUGUUCACGACUUGAUUAAUGGAAAAAUAAAAAAAUUCUAUCCCCCCAUCUUUCAUCAUUCUCUUCAUGAACUGCUCAAACAAUGUCAAUUUGAGAGCAUCACAAUAUUUCAUGUGAACUAGAAAAUAGAGCAGUCAUGUCAGGAAGGCUCCAUGUAUAGUGGGUCAGACGUACACAUUUUAUUGAAUGUCCCGUAUGUCAGAUCAGAUGAUUCAUAUAAAUCAAUAUGAAUAUCAUAGGUCAUGUGAUGUAGUCACAUGAUCUCUGACUCAGGGAAUAGUUGGCAACAAUUUUGAGGUCAAUUUUCCAGUGUGUUUGGAAACAAAAGUUGAGCUCAUCAGUACGCUUUGAAAUUAGCUGAUCAUUGGAAGUUAAUUUUUUCCUGCGAUAUUAGAGGGUACUACAUAAAUUUGAUUCAACCAAUUUUUGAUAAUAUUCCACCAUAAAUUUAAUACAGUAUAUAAAAUCUGAAAUUUCCCCAUUGUAGAAAGAGGGAGUAUUUAAUGCAGUUUUAUUUCAUUUCUUUAAAAAAAAUAAUAUGCAUGUAUCUUUGUCUAUAAAAACAGGCAUUUCAUUUUGGCUGUUCGGGUAGCAUUCACCUGUAAUAUAAACUGGAAUGAAAAUUCUAUGCAUUUGGGUUAAAUGACUUUUAUUUCUUUUAAUAACAAACUUAAAUGCUUGAAUUGAGAGUUCAUGCGGAGUAAUUCAAUCUUGCAUUGCUUGGAAAUCUAAGAUACUUCAAGUUUGAACUAUUAUGCUGUUGUAAUUUUUUAUGUAUACAUGUACAUUUGAAAUCGAAGUUAGCAUAUUUUUAUUAAACUUAAACAUGUUUUAAGCCUGUUUAAUCAAAGAUAAGUGAAAUUGAAAUACAAAAAAAAAGAAAUAACUGUUCACCUUGAUUAAUCAUUAAGUUAAUUUGUUUAAAAAUGUUCAAAACUAUUAUGUAAUAAAUUCUGACAUCAUGUGUUUGAUUUAUAAGAUGAGCAAGACUUGAAAGAAAAUAGUCAUGAAACAUCACGGCGGUGUUCUUGCGUAUUGUAGAAAUAUGCAAAAGUUUUAGGGGGCGGAUCCCCCCCCCCCCCCCCCCCCGGAUCAAUUUUUGCAUCAUAUCUUGGCUGUCGAGGCUUAUUUAUUCAAUUAUUUUCUAGAGUUAUAAAAUGUUGAUCCCUCUUGGAAGUAUAGCUGUGUAUUCUUUGAAUUUUGAUGGAGUGAUAAUGAACUUUUAAACUAUUUUGUAACAUUUACGUGUACUAUAUAACUCUAUCUCUGUAAGCAUUUUGUAUUCUUCUGCAAUAUUACCCAUUGGGUAAGUCUUUAUGUACCAUGAGACGAUAAGUUUUACAUAAAGAAAGCCUUUAUUUCUCUCAUUACUGAAACUGUAUUCAGCAAGCUCAGUUAGUUUGCGGAAUGUUUUCAUACAUUUAUUUCUUGAACUUUGUUUAUAGUCACAACGUUUGGAAAUCAUGAAAACCAGAUUAUAAAGCUGCCCGUUCAUAUUUUUCAUUCUGGUUUUAGUAUACGUGUACUUUUGUGUGCAAAAAUUGUUUUAGUAAGGGAGAUGUUCUGGUAAAAUUGGAAUUACUGUCAUGUAUAUAUACAUAAAGUGUGUGAAUAUCAACUGUUGCAAUUUUCAUUGUCAUUCUGAUAUCAUGUAUUUGUACAUUAAAGAUUUCAGUAAGACCCCGUAGGUGCACUGUCAAUUCAACAUCAUGCUAUUGUAAAAACAUGCAGAAGUUGAAAUGAGUCAUAAUAGAAAACAUUUGAUAGACCCAUUUGAAAUAAUUGUAUUAUAAUGUAGAGUAUGAGUGUGGUUGGGCUAAACGGAACAUUGGGCCCCUUAACACAAAGCUUAGGAAUUGAUUGUGGGGAUUAUUUUUAUGAUUGAUCAUACACAAUACUCGGUGCAAUCAAUUGUAGACGUCAGCUCUGUGAUCAAUCGCUAAGCUUUAUGUAAUGAGGCCCAGAUAUACAGAUUAUAAGAGGCAACUCAACCCUGCCAUGUAUUUUAUACGCCCUCUACAUUCAUGUUUUAUUGAACAAACUAAGGGAACUUUCAUAGUAUGAUAUAAUCCCUUCAAUAAAUACAUGGAAAUUCAUCUUUAACAAACUUAAUAAACUGCUGUUGCUACAUGAAUGGUCGAGCACCUUACCAAGUCAAGUCUUUUCCCCCCGCACAGGAAAUCAAGAAAAUAAGAUGAAAUUUCUUGUGAAAAUUUUGUCUAGUUGGUGUAGGCUUUUUCAGAUGGCAAAUGCUCUGAUUAGCUGGAGGUACAUUCCCAAUCUCUGAAUUUGAAUAGAGGGAUUUUAAGUUCUGUAAUAGACACUCUUAUCUCUAAUAUGUGUUAUUGAUGUCAUAGUUGCAUAGCACUCUGUCACUAAGUUGCAAAAGUGUAUUUACUCAAAACUGAUUAUAUGUCAUUGGAAAUAACAUGUAUGUUUGGUUGGUUUCGCCUGCAUUGCGGUGAUAUUCUGUUAUAAUUCAUUUCAGGUGGGUGUUUCAUAAAGCUGUUCAUAAGUUAAGAGCAACUUUAAGAACGACUGGUGAACCUUUCUUAUGCGCUAAAUAAUCACCAAUGAACAUUUAAUAGUGAAUAUCAUUUACCACAAGAAAGGAUCACCAGUCGUUCUUAACGUCACUCUUAACUUACCGACAGGUUUAUGAAACGGCCCCUCAGGUUAUACCUUAUGGGCCACUUUCUCCUGUUCACAGUGUAUAUUUGUGCAAUGGGGAGAAGAAAUGCAUUUGUUAUGUGUAUAUUUCAGGGUGAAUUUUAUGUAUAUAUUGCUUCAACGCUCCUGCAUUUGCAUCUCUACAGUUAAAUUUACUUAUGUAUCAUGUCAUGUACUUCAGUAGCUAUGUAUCACACAGACGUCAGAGAACCAAUUUUUUCCUGCGAUGUAGUAAAAUAUAUGAAAUAGAUAAUUGCUGCAAGGGUUACUUUUCAUUCGUAUUUUGUAGAUUUUGAUUACGUUUUUUGGUUCAAUGUUAUAAGAAAGUGAACUUAUGCAUUCACAUAACAAGAAUAUGCCCAAACCUUAUUUCAACCUUUAUGUUCAAUUACUGCCAAUAUGAAUUUGAACAAUCACCUUUUCUUCAGACAACCAGAGGGAUAAUAGUAGCUCAUGGGCAGAGUUGAGUUUAACCUCAAGUAGAAAUAAAAUGAUUUAUAUGAGAGCAUAAAAACAAAUUGAGAAUAUUAGGACCAUUUUAGCCCAUUUUUUAAUGAAGGCAUGACAAAUGAAUAAAUAAUUGAAUUAUUGAAUUGAAAUGAUUGUUAAACUUCGAACAAAAAAAAUCAGAUGAAGUUAAAAAGUAUGGCUAUUGAAAACUGAGAUCAUCAAGACUUUGCAAAUUUCAAAUUAGUCAUUUGAUGAGAAGAUUGUGAAAAGCAGUUGGGACUAUUGGCUUAUUUGCCUUACAUUAAUUAUAAAGAAUUCAUGACUUACUCCUCUUAGCAGCCUUUCCUCAAAACAAUAGUCAAAUAUGACAUAAAUGGCCUAUUUACAUACAGCAUCAUAAAAGGAAAAUAUCUUUCUGAGGAAGAGUUUUGAAAUAUGUGUAAUAAUUUAAUGUAUUGGAUAAAAAAAGACGAGUUGUCCUUUACCUCUCGAGUUUAGUCGCCAAUUUGAAAUCCCAAGUCCAUGCAUAUAGUGAUCACAAUUUAUUACAACUUUUAAAUAAUCGUAACUUAUUAAAUCAUUAUCCAUUUUCAUCUACAUGUAUGUUCAUCUGUGAUUUUGCUUGUUUCUUUUGAAAAUUAAUUUCCAUUUCAUUUUGGUUGGAUUGAUUUGUUUUACCAUGCUAAGAGAAGAAAACAAAAUAAAUUUUCUGGUUAUGCAAUGAAUGCAAUUUGUAUGAUUUCUGAUGAUGCAGUGAAUUAAACAUGUUUGGCCUAUCAAUAUGCAAAAUUUGGCAAUGGUAUCCAUCCCAAUUUCAAAGGACAGCAAUUUGAAUUUAACUAAAAUUUCUGUUUAGAAUUAUUUCUUUCCAUGUGUCAAAAUUAAAUGUGUUUUCUUGGGUCAGGCAAACCAUGUCUGUUCAACCUUGUCAUUUAGCGCUUCUAAUACAGUACUUUCAAAUGUUACGUACAUGCACACUCAAGUUUACAAUCUAUCAAACUCUGCAAUAGCUUGUCGUGUAAAUUUGAAAACAUUCUGAUUUUUUUGUUUGUGAUUGACCUGAUGUAGAAUCAUGGUUUAAAAAUAAUUUCUGAUGCUAGAAUAAUAGAAUGUGUAAUGAAUGACUUGUAAAUUAAUGAAGAAUAUUUGGUGAUUACAUGGCAUUAUUUUUUUCUUUCGUAUCUUUCCUUGUGACUGUGAAAUAAAAUUCAAAUUAGAUUUGUGAA